AUGCAAAUUCCUUCAAGCCCUCCGCCAGGACCUUUCUUUGCAAGCUCCGAAGAUGAGGGUGAUGACGUCUAUAUGGCAGGAGUCGAAUCAGAAGUGCCUCAUUCAUCAUUGCCCACCACGCCGCGCACUUCUUCUUCGAGGUCUUCGCCUCCCCACAGACUUUUCCUCGAGGAUAGCGAUGACGACGUGAAUGAUAUCUGCACAAGCGAGUCUCCUUCCGUAAGGCGACCCAUUGUCGUUGAUGACGUCCUGGAAAUUGACAUCGACAGCGCGGCUACCCAUGCUAAAGCUGGACCGUCUAAGCCAUUCAAAAAAUCAUCAUCUCCUCUUGACGCCAAGCAGCGUUCUAAUUCUGGUCCACCCUUGAAAAAGCGCCGUCUUUCUCCGCAAGACACUCAUAUCACCACCAAUUCAUUUCCACCAACUUACCUGGGUGAAGUUUUGAUUACCAAUGCAUGGAGCAACGUAUCUGGGAAAGGAUAUGUAAAGCCAAAUGAGUCUAUACAGAUUCAACGAGAUGAAGUGGCUGCUCCCAAGCCAGGUCCCAGUAAACAGGCUAAAUCUGUGAAUAAAAAAACGGGGGAUGGCAAGAAACAACUUUCUUUGGCGACGAUGCUGAAGGCUCAACCAACGAAUAAUUUUAAGAAGAAGAAAGUUGAUACGAUCGUACGGCUUGUCAACAGCCGUGGAUUUGAAUUCGGACGUUUGCCAACGGAAUGUUCCUGGUGGAUAUCAAAGCUUCUUGAGCUCGGUGUUGUUCAGAUUCGAGGAACGAUGAGUGACUGCCCAGAGAAACUCACGACCGGUGUGAGCUUGAUUGUAACACUGCAUUUCUACAUUGUUGCCUCUGCUUUCACACCACUCAGCACAUCAAACUCUGAUGAACUUCCGAAACUAACCUUUAACGAGGGUGCUGAGACCAACGAAGAAACUUCCCUCAGAGAGCGUAAAAGUGCAGUCGUCAAGCUGUUCGAAGUAAUUGGUCUCAAGCCCCAAGCCGGUGCGAAUUUCAAGGGUAAAAGCUCGGAUGGCAAAAUCCAUGAGGAGGCUCUGAAGCGAAUGGCACAACAUCCAACGAAGAAAGUGAAAGAAAUCGUUGGAGACGGUGAAGAAAUUGAAGUCGAGGAGGCUGAAGAACUUUCUAAGAAUGACAUCGACACCAUCUAUAAAAGAGCACAGCAUAAUGACCGCACGAUGAGUGAGAUGGAACCAGCGGACACCUUCAACCUCACAUUACGUGGUUAUCAGAAGCAGGCUUUAUCAUGGAUGCACUCCUUAGAGUCAGGCAAAAUGAACGCACGAGAAGCGUGGUCGAUGCAUCCCUUAUGGAGCGAAUACUCAUUCCCGCACGAGCCAUGCAUGAAUGACGAUAUUAUUGACCUGACAGCGGAUGAGAAACUGUUUUACUUCAACCCAUAUUCUGGAGAGUUGAGCUUGGAUUUCCCGAAAGCCGAAAGAAACUGUCGCGGGGGGAUUCUUGCAGACGUGGGAAUGGGCAAGACAAUCAUGCUUUCUGCGCUCAUCCAAACUAGCUUCGCGUCUGAUACGGACAAAGGAGAGGAGCAAAACUCGAAAGGCAAGGCAAAGCAAAUCAAGUUGAACAAUGCUUUCCGAAUCAUACCAAAAGGGAAACAACAACCACAUAAGCCACCAGCCGCGACCCUUAUCAUCGCUCCAACAUCCCUUCUGUCCCAGUGGUCUGAGGAGCUACAGCGAUCAAGCAAACCUGGAACUGUGGAUGUCCUCGUAUGGCAUGGUCAAAAUCGUCUAGACAUAGAGGCAAUGAUCGAGAGCGAUGGCGAGGACGACAAGACCAUCAAAGUCGUUAUCACCUCAUACGGCGUGUUGGCGUCCGAGCAUGCUAAGUCUGCGAAGUCACCUAUUUUUGAAAUCAACUGGCUCAGGAUUGUGCUUGAUGAGGCUCAUGCGUGCAAGUCGCGGACUAGCAAAACAGCAAAGGCAGUCUAUGCACUUGCUGGGCGGAGACGCUGGGCUGUUACAGGCACUCCAAUCGUCAACAGACUUGAAGACCUAUACUCACUGCUGAAAUUCCUCGGUUUCAAACCCUGGUCGGAAUUUUCUUACUUUCGCUCGUUUAUCACGCUUCCUUUCUUGGCUCGCGAUCCAAAGGCCAUUGAAAUUGUGCAAGUCAUUCUCGAGAGCAUCCUUCUUAGACGAGAAAAGAACAUGACUGAUAGCGAGGGUAAAAAGAUAGUCGAGCUUCCUCCGAAAGAGAUCACAGUGGAAACACUUGAGUUUACUGCUUUAGAAAGGAAGAUAUAUGACUCAAUCUAUCACACUGCAAAACGAAACUUCGAUCAGCUAGAAGCUAAAGGACUCGUUGGCAAGAACUAUACCCACAUUUUAGCGAUGCUCAUGAGACUCCGUCGUGCUGUGCUCCAUCCUAAGCUUGUUCUCACUGAGAAAGAUGGACGUGCCUUAUCACCUGGAGGGGAUGGCAACGUGGACGUCAACGACCUCAUCAAACGUUUUGUAGGGGACGAUACAAAUUCUGGUGAAAAGAGCAACACCUUCGCUGAAACCUUCAUGGCUAACCUCACUGGGGACGACAUUGCGGAAUGCCCUAUAUGUUUCAGUGAACCAGAGGCUCCGGUGCUUAUCCCUGGGUGUAUGCAUCAAUUGUAUGUCUUUUUGUCAAGCUCGACUCCUUGCUCGUUAAUGGAUGAUGUUUUGUUGAGCUGCAAAGAUUGUAUCGUAUCACAUAUAGGAAUCUGCGAAGAGAGAGGACAAGAGCCGCAAUGCCCCACAUGCUCUCAAGGAGCUCUUAAGGUUGGUUGGUUUCGAAACGCCUCCGCUUCAAAUUUCCUGACGGCGGUGCAGAGCAGCGAUCUCGUCGAAAUCAUACGAAAAAAGACGGAUCCCGACGCCACUCUGAACUCUCCAGCUUCGGAAUCAGGACUGACAUUCCGAAGAAAUGACUUUCAGUCUUCGACGAAACUUAAUGCCCUGAUCAAAAGUCUUUGCAAGCUUCGCGAUCAAGAUCCAUGCUUCAGAGCAGUAGUGUUCUCGCAAUUUACCAGUUUUUUGGACCUUAUCCAAGUCGCCUUGGAAAGGGAAAGAUUUGAUCAAUACCGGUUUGAUGGGACAAUGGAUGUCAAAAAGAAGAGUGCAGCAAUCAACGAAUUCAAAUCUUUUUCGAGAAAAGGCAAAGUGCUGGUUGUUAGCUUGAAAGCUGGGGGAGUUGGUUUAAACCUCACAGCCGCUAACCAUGUUUUCAUGAUGGACUGCUGGUGGAACGCGGCAACGGAGAACCAAGCUAUUGACCGUGUCCACAGGAUUGGCCAAGAAAAAACUGUUUACGUUACCCAUUUCAUCGUCGCGAAUACCAUUGAAAGUCGCAUUCUUCAGAUUCAGAAGCGUAAGACGGCCAUUGUGAACGAGGCUUUCCGCGGUAGCAAGUCAGAUCCGGAAAGCAUCCAGAAUCUGAAAAUCAUGUUUGGGGAUGACUGA